GGUAGGUAAAACGAUAUCGUUAUUGUUUUCCGCGAUUAUAGAGAGUUAGAUUUUUUAACACUUAGUAGUUACAUAUUUAAUGUACGUAGUUUGCUAUAUUCCUAGAAUAUUGAUUAACAGUAACACGCGGCUAGCCAGCCAACUUCUUAGAUAGCUAGCUAGUUGUCCCAACAUUCAUUACACGUGUCUACAUAUACAUGUGGAAUUGUCGAACAUCGAAUAAAUAUGGCGAACAUGCUGUGGUUUGCUAAACAGGAGGCGAAUGAGAAUCAAGUGUUGCUUGAGAUGUCUACAAAAUCUCCUAUAAUAUUUGAAGACACUCCCGAAUUAAACUCAUCAGCUUCUGACACAGCCAAGAAAUCUAAAAAACGCAAAAAGAAGAAAAAGAUAAAAGAACUAUCCGAACAGGGACAGGAAGAACCUAUGAUCUUGGAUGAUGAAAAGGGUCACCAGCAGUUGGCCAAUGGGAAUAGGGUUAAACGUAAACAUAAAUCAAACACAGUGACAGAGUUGGACCAAGUUGAGACAGAAAGGAAGAAACGUAAAAAAGAUUUGAAUGAAAAGCAACUUGAUGUUUAUCAGGAUCAAGUGAAUGAACCAGAUCUUCAGGAAAAAACUAAUGGGAAAAAGAAGAACAAGUUAAAGAAUCUUCAAACACAACCACAAGGAGACAGUGGGGUAGCUGCUGAUGAUAAUGGCAGAAGCCAUAAGAAGACAAAAAAUAAAGGAUGUGAAGCAGAACAGGGGUUGAACAAUGUUCUGUCAAAGUUGGCAGUAGAUGUUUCAGGCAUAACGGUGCCAGAUGAGAUGAGAAAAUGUAAGAAAAAGCACAAGAACAGACGUACAGAACUUAUAGCGGGAGUGGAAAAACAGACUGUUUCAGCUGAUGAUUCAGAUAUCAUAGACCUAAAUACUAAAAUGAACAAGAGGGUUGGCAGUGUAUUAACUGAGGUACAGGAGAACGUAAAAGAGAAGAGGAAAAAAAAGAAGAAACGUCUUAAUGAUGCUGGAGGGCCUGCAGCUGUAGAGGUAAAAGGCAGAAUAAGGAGAAAGCACAGCAGAGAAUCAGACACGGCAAUUGACAGUGAUGCUGGAACAAGUGGUGAGACUGUACCUGAUACUGGUGAGGAAGGCACCCAAGAAACAAGGUCCAGCCAAGAGACAGAACGGCCAAGUUUAGAAGACUGGCCGGAAUUGAAAGAGCUCAAAGAGUUUAUUCCCAAUGUUGAGUCAAGGUCCAAUGAAGCGAUUCGCAAGUUGAUAAGCUAUGAUCUUGAACGAUUCAAGGAAUUCCGAAGUAAAGGCAUUAAGAUACGAAGUGGAAGAUACAGUGCAACAGAGAAUGAAAAACUCAUGACCAACGUCUAUGACUUCAUGGCUCUCACGGGGAUUUCAAGUGCCUGCAAACUCUUCUAUCCACUGCGCUACAAAGACGAAAUGUCUGAAAUCAAGAAGUUAAAGAGUCAAAACAAAUUCCACGAAAGAUUAGCUGAAGGUAUUCCCAGACCGUGGCACAACAUCUACCUUCGCGGGAGGAAAAUAUUUGAUGGCAACAACUACAAGGGCAGGUUUACCAAAGACGAACUUCACUCUUUGAAAAAAUUACAGACGUUGCACGGAAAUUCCUGGUCCAAGAUCUCAGAGCUGACUGGCCGAAGUGAAUCUGCUCUGGAGAAACGUUUCUCUCACAUUUCUGAGAAGACUGGUCCGUGGACCAAUGAAGAACAUAAGAGAUUAAUGGAUGCUGUGCGGGACCACCUGACAGGACAGGCAGAGACCGGCAGUGGGCCGGCUGUAGUCAGGAGGGACAAGCUGUACAGACAAAUUCCCUGGAAAGCUGUGUGUGACCGGGUAAAAACACGUCACUGGACCCAGUGUCGAUCAAAAUGGAUGCUAGUUUUGAGGCGCAAAAUGAGACAUGAUCAAACAGCAUUCGUGAAAGGUGUGAAAUCCAUACAAUUCAAAUUGGAUUUGAUCAAAGCGUUAAAUGAAUUGCAGGUGGAAGAUAUGUCCGAUAUCAACUGGGAAAAGCUUGCUUUCACAAUGGGGGAUGUUACUCCCCGCUAUCUACAGACACACUUCUACAAGCUGAAAGUAUCUAAAGUGCCGCUGUGGCAGAACAAAUCCUUCUGUGAGGUCAUCGAUUUCCUGUACAGUAAGGUUCUUCCCAAGUUUGAAGACUACCUCCAUAAGGCUGGGUUCGAGUUAGAGUCCAGAUCUAAACCACAAGAGCUCAUCCUGCUCUCUGCGAUCUUUGAUGAUUUGGAGGACUGUGAUUAUGAUGAUUAGGUUCAGAAAAGCUGAUGAAUACACAAAGCAUAUGGACCCAGCUCCAGUAUGAGGGUCGAGGAAUGCUCCUCAGCUUUUUGAUUCAGUUGGUUAACAGCAUUUUCAUAAUAUUUCUGUUGUUUUUAGUAAAUGUUUCUAUGUCUUGACUCCCAUACUGAGUUUUUGGGGUGGGAACUGAUCUAUGAAUUAUUCAGUGAUACUUUAGAUGCGCCCAUUACUUUUAUCAAGGAGAGGAAUGCCAAGAAGUCAGUGCUAAGCACAGCCAACUGCACAUUCCUUUGACAGUCUGCCUCAAUUUGCUCCAGAUAGCACAGAUUUCAACGCUACACUGGAAGAUAACAGGAAUGUAUUGUAGAGGAGAACGAGGAUGGAAGAGUUUUUUUUUCCUAUUGUGUGUUUGCAAAAUGUGUUUUUCUUAUGAAAAUCCCUUGUUUCUUUAAA